CCUCCCCCUCCUCUCUGCAGCUCUCUGUGGUUUGUGGAGACGGUCAGGGAAUACAAACAGAGCUCCAGGAUGAUUCAUGUGAGACUCAGUCCGGCCCUGAACUUUCAGUGUGGUGCGUUCAAUGUCCUGGUGCUCCUCGUCCUGAUAUGUUCAUGUGGAGGUCAGACUCAUGUCAUCGGUCCAGCUCGGACAACAGUGGCAACAGUUGGUGAGGACGUCGUUCUGCAGAGCUUCCUGGACCCUGUCAUGGAUGCUUUUAGUAUGACAGUGGAGUGGACGAGACCCGACCUGGACCCCAGAUUUGUCUAUGUGUGGCGUGACGGAGUGGAACUGGAGAGUAAAAAGAAUCCACUGUACGAGGGAAGAACAUCAGUGUUCACUGAGGAACUGAAGGUCGGAAACAUUUCACUGAAACUCUCCAGAGUGAGAAUAUCUGAUGAGGGACGAUACAGAUGCUUCAUUCCAGCACUGAACAAAGACCAUGUUGUUCAGCUUGUUGUAGGUGCUGCCUCCUCACCUGUUGUCCAGAAGACCAAAGACAGCAGCAGAGUGGUUCUACAGUGUAACUCUACCGGCUGGUAUCCAGAACCUGAGGUGUUCUGGCUGGACGGUGAGGGAAACCUCCUCUCUGCUGGACCUACAGAGACAGUCAGAGGUCCUGAUGACCUCUAUACUGUCAGCAGCAGAGUGACUGUGGAGAAGAGACACAGCAACAGCUUCACCUGUAGAGUCCAACAGAACCACACCAACCAGACCAGAGAGGCACAGAUACAUGUUCCAGAUGAUUUCUUCUCAGGCCCGUCUGGUUCUAGUUCAUCUCUUCCUGUCAUCAUUGGUUUGAUUCUCGGCAUCGUGUUUGCUCUUGCAGCUGCUGCUGUUGUUGUGUGGAAAUGGAGACAAAAGAAAAUCAGGAACAAGACGCAGCGUGAGGAUGAAGAAGGAGGAAACAAUCCAGAACUGAAGCUCCUGAUGGGAGGAGAGACAGACGGAAAACACCCAACAGAAGAGACAGAAACAGUGAACAAUGUGGACGAGUUCAGAGGAGAAGCAGGUCAAACUGAAACAGACGAGGAAACACUACAACAAGAAGCAAACAAUGCUCAAUGUGCUGAUAGUGAAGGAACAGAGCUUCAGUUUCCAGAAGAGGCAGGAGGACAAACAACAAGAGAGACAGAAACAGGUUUGGACCAGAGUCAAGAAGAGACAGAGACUGAAGCAGCUACUGAGACAGAUUCUCUAAAUCCAGUCAGCACUGAUCUGACCAACAAAGACACUAAAACUGUGACGAUGGUGGAAGAAAGACAGAAAGACAAUAAACAGCAGACAGCUGAUAAGAAAGAAGCUCAGAGUUUGACUGAGGAAGACAAACAUGGAGAGCAGCAGACAGCAGGAAGAGAGACACUGAGGGACAGAGAGACGGAAAACCUGAAGAAGGAACUAAAGACAAAAGAAAGAGAACUGGAAAAAUUUGAGGAACAAGUUUCUAGAUAUGAGGAGCAGAUAAAGAAUAAAGAGAAGCAGAUACAUGAAGUCAAACAGCAGCUGGAAGAGGUGAAGAGACAGACAGAGGACACUGCAAGGAAGAUGAGGUCACAGAAGAAGGAGGACAAAGAUUAUAAACGUCUUUCAGUUCUGAACAGGAAGGAGGAAGAACUUCAGGAACAGCUGGAGAAGUUAGAGACAAAACUGGAGGGAAUAAAGAAGAGUGAGGGUGUGUCAAGACAAAAGAAAAUAAAAGCAACAAAUGAAAAAGAGGAAAUUAUAAAGAAAUUAAAGUAGCAGGAGAUGCAGAAUAAUCAGAGUGAUCCAGCUGAUUCUUUGACUGCUGGACCGACGAUGAUGGAUGUAGACUGAAGCAGAUGUUUAGUUGUGGACAUGUGUCAGUUUGUCAGUGUGAUCAUGUUCUGACUCUGACUGAACUCUGGACUGCAUGUGUUGUGUUUGAGUUGUGUUGCUGUUAAACAGUCCUGUCUGUUGUGUCAGUGCUGCUGCUGUCAUGUUACUGUUUGGUUUUUAGUUUUCUGAAAAAGUCAGAACUCUAAUCUUCAUCUGUAGUUUAAUAUCCACUUUGGUAAAGACAGAAACAUCAGAGCUGACUUCUACUUUUUUAUUUAUUUUUUUUUACUAUUAACAUUUGAUAUUGAGCCGUUUUAUGCUGUUUCUAGAAUUUCAUGUCCUCAACUGUACUUUCAAACCAUCUCGAGUUAUUUCACAUUAUAUUACAUCAUUACACAUUACAAUAUAUGUAUGUAUGUGAAUAAAUAUACUUUAUAACUUUACUACUACUCUAUACUCUCUCUGAGCUGCUGUACAUGACAUGAUCUUUAAUGAUCCACAUUCACAUUUGAUUCUCAUUUUCAUGUGACACGUUGGUCCAUAUUUCAUAUCCAAUGGUCCUAUCAAUGUUUUAAUACAUGUUAUUAAAAUGCUAAUAAUCUGAAAAAUGCUGAACAUUGUGUCUGAUAACACACAUGUAAAUAUAGCAGAUAUAUACCAGAUUGAUCAGAGAAUUAAAGAGGGAGACAUGUUGUGUUCAGGAAUUAAACUUCUCUUCAAAAAUGAA